UCGGCGAAGAGGUCUCGGUGAAGGCUGUGAUGUGUCGGGGCUUUAAGAGUGCGGGCUGCAGGCUGGCCCUGGACGGCCCUCUUGGCCAGUCCCUGCGAUGUUGCUGCUGCUGCUGCUGCGGCCGGUCCGCUCUGAUCACGGGAUAGAGCCGGGGGAGGGGCGCGGGGACUGGCGCAGGCCUCCAGCUGUCAGAUCUUAAGUAAAAAUGGCAAAGGAUCAAUUGUACCGAAGAGGUAGUUUCAAUAGCUACCAGAGCAACACAAGUGAUGAAGAUAUGGUGGAAAUUGCAGGUGCACCUCUGGACUUUUCUUUGGCAGAUGAUGUUCCCCCUUUAGACAGGGAGCCACAAGAAGGGUACACAUCCUAUAAUGGAACAGGAAUGAAUGGUUCAAGCAAGAUAAUGGAUUUUCUAGAUGAGCCAAUACCUGGUUUAGGGACAUAUGAAGAUUUCAAUACAAUAGACUGGGUCCGUGAGAAAUCCAGGGACAGAGACAGACACCGAGAGAUUACAAGCAAAAGUAAAGAAUCGUUGUGGGCCCUUAUUAAAGGUCUGAGUGAUGCCUUCUCUGGGUGGCUGGUGAUGUUACUGGUUGGACUUAUGGCAGGUGCUAUUGCUGGUUUGAUCGAUAUGGCCUCUCACUGGAUGACAGAUCUGAAAGAAGGUGUCUGUUUACAGGGGUUCUGGUACAACCAUGAACAUUGUUGCUGGACGUCCAGUGAAACUACUUUUGAGCAACGUGACAAAUGCCCUCAAUGGAAGUCUUGGUCGGAGCUGUUUCUCAACCAGUCAGAUGGAGCUGGUGCAUACAUAUUGAAUUACUUCAUAUAUAUUAGCUGGGCUAUGGCUUUCGCUUUCCUGGCUGUGGCUUUGGUCCGUGUAUUUGCACCUUAUGCUUGUGGAUCUGGAAUUCCAGAGAUUAAAACCAUAUUAAGUGGCUUUAUCAUUAGGGGCUAUCUAGGAAAGUGGACUCUGAUCAUAAAGACUGUUACCCUGGUUUUGGCUGUGUCUUCAGGCCUCAGUCUGGGAAAGGAAGGUCCCCUAGUGCAUGUGGCCUGCUGCUGCGGCAAUUUUGUUUGUCAUUUGUGUACAAAAUAUAGAAAAAAUGAAGCUAAAAGGAGAGAGGUUCUGUCAGCAGCUUCAGCAGCAGGUGUCUCUGUUGCUUUCGGUGCCCCCAUCGGGGGAGUUUUGUUUAGCCUUGAAGAGGUCAGCUAUUACUUCCCUCUGAAAACUUUAUGGAGAUCAUUUUUUGCUGCAUUGGUUGCAGCCUUCACACUCCGGUCUAUUAAUCCAUUUGGGAAUAGUCGCCUUGUGCUGUUCUAUGUAGAAUUCCACAGCCCCUGGCAUUUGCUGGAAUUAAUCCCUUUCAUCCUCUUGGGAAUCUUUGGAGGAUUAUGGGGAGCUUUUUUUAUUCGUGCCAACAUUGCCUGGUGCAGAAGACGCAAGACCACCAAAUUAGGGAAGUACCCAGUUCUUGAGGUCCUUGUUGUGACUGCCAUCACUGGUAUUUUAGCUUUCCCUAAUGACUAUACUAAGAUGAGUACCAGUGGGCUUAUUUCAGAGUUGUUCAAUGACUGUGGACUUUUGGAUUCAUCACAACUCUGCGAUUACAUUAACGAUGUCAAUAGCACCAAAGCCAUUGAUGACUUGCCAGAUCGUGCAGCAGGUAAAGGUGUCUACAUGGCAGUUUGGCAGCUGGCUCUAGCACUGGUGUUUAAAGUCUUCAUCACAAUAUUCACAUUUGGUAUGAAGGUUCCCUCAGGACUCUUCAUUCCAAGCAUGGCUGUGGGUGCAAUAGCUGGAAGACUUCUAGGAAUAGGAAUGGAACAGCUAGCUUACUAUCACCAUGACUGGAUCAUCUUUAAAGGAUGGUGUAGCCCUGGAGCUGACUGCAUCACUCCAGGGUUAUAUGCCAUGGUCGGUGCUGCUGCAUGCCUAGGUGGUGUGACCAGGAUGACUGUGUCAUUAGUGGUUAUAAUGUUUGAACUAACUGGUGGAUUGGAGUAUAUUGUACCAUUAAUGGCUGCUGUAAUGACUAGCAAAUGGGUCUCUGAUGCAAUUGGACGUGAGGGCAUUUAUGAGGCACACAUUCGAUUGAAUGGCUACCCAUUCUUGGAAGCAAAGGAAGAAUUUACACACAGAACAUUAGCAAUGGAUGUAAUGAGACCUCGACGCAAUGACCCUCCUCUGACCAGCCUCACUCAGGAAGGGAUGAAGGUGGAAGAUGUGGAGACAAUCAUUAAUGAAACAACAUACAGUGGAUUCCCUGUGAUAGUGUCAAAAGAAUCCCAGCGACUUGUAGGUUUUGUCCUCCGAAGAGACCUAAUAAUUUCAAUUGAAAACGGAAGGAAACGGCAAGAUGGGAUUGUCAGUACUUCGACUAUUUAUUUUACUGAGCAUGCUCCUGUGCAGCCUCCCAACAGCCCAGCUGCACUCAAACUGCGCUCCGUCCUAGAUCUGAGUCCCUUCACAGUGACCGAUCACACUCCCAUGGAAAUAGUGGUAGACAUAUUCCGAAAACUAGGCUUAAGACAGUGUCUUGUUACUCAUAAUGGGCGGCUCCUUGGCAUUAUCACAAAAAAGGAUAUACUGAAACAUAUUGCUCAGAUGGCUAACCAAGAUCCUGACUCCAUUAUGUUUAACUAAAAUAAAAUUUUGUUCAUCUCAGUAGAGAUUGCAGAGAGGAAGGUUUAUUGCUGGUAAUGUGCUCUGACUAAUGUCAGCAUUGUACCAUAAGUUCCUUCUGAGGAUCGAGAAUGGUGUACCUCAUGUUCAACGAGUGUCUGACUUCCAAUUGCACUACACAAUCAGCAAGAUCUUUACCUUAGGUUCUUGGAUAAACACUGUGGAACUGUAAGAUGACUGAAUGAAGAACUGAUCUAAGUGUGUACUUCCAUCCACAAUUUGUAUUAAAUUCAUUGCAAUAGGGGUGUCAUUGAGUACUGGGUGCAUUAAUUGUUUCAGAUUUAUAAACAGAUAACCUCAAUAAAUUGUUUUGUCUUUGGACUUGUUUGAGAUUAGAUUUUCCAACAUUAUCUGAUAAUGCAGUCAAGUAUGAAUUCAGUUAUUUUGGCACAUUCUCCUGUGAUUGAAUGAUUAAUAUAAGCAAUGUUAUUGAGCUAAGAUUUAUCAGUGUUUUGUCUGAAGAAAAACAAAUGUGUAAGUACUUUUAAAAUUGCAAUUAUACUUGAUACAUAUAAUCCUCCCAAUUUAAGAAGGUUAACACACCAGCAGUUAUGAGGUCCCUUGUCAGAAAACUCUGUUUUAACUUGAUGUUUACAGGACUACCAAAUAAAAAUAAUCACAUUCUGCGCAACUUAGUUUAGUUAAAUAUAAUGUGCAGGGCUCGGUGUACAUAUGAGAGAAAUCAGCUACUUUUCCAUCAAAUAAACAGUUCAGUAAAUAAAUACAGUUGUUCUAAGGGACUGGUUUUUUUUUGUUUUGAAAUAAUUCCAGUUACUCAUUGAUCCUUUCACAUGCUACCCUCGGAAAUUACAGAGGAUCAAGCUUUUGUUGCUGUAUUGGAAGACAUCACUAUCCAAAGAAGCUCUGUUAAAUGGAAUGGAAUGAUCACAUCUAAAAGUCCCAACUAUUAUAUACUAAUUGUGUGUUGGUUUUGGAUAAUUUCACUGAAAUACUUGAUUGUUGCCCAUAUGCAAGCUAGACAUUAUUGGGUAGCUUGCUGCUAGUCAAUGAUAACUUUCACUAUUUCUUUUUUCUGUUUUUCCACAAUAAGGAUGUGGGCAUCUAUGACACAAACAUCAUUCAAAACAUUUUGUGACUUCCGGUAAAGAUAUAUAGAAGAUAUCUCAUAACUACUUCCUGGUGCAGUUUUGAUGCUAAUAGCUUGAGAUUUAUUUGCUUUUUGUCCUGUUAUUCUGGGGCAUUCAUUUGUAAGCACUUUAUCUUUUUACUUUCUACGACACUACAAAGUGAUUUUAAUAUGACAACCUCAUCUGUCGUAGAUUUUAAAAACAACCUAAAGAAAUCUCAAUAAGCUUAAAUGUUAAACGUUCCAUUUCCCCUAUAGCUAAAACAUGAGAUGCAGUCUAGCUUGACAGGAGGGUUUUUGGAAAUCUAUGCUGACAUCAAACCUUUCAUUUCACUAGCACAUACCACCAGCAAUUAAGAGGUUAAGAAAGCACAUUCCCAUGGUCCAUGGUUCUUACCAUACUUUUCAUGACUGAGCAUGUUCAGCUCUAAGCGUGGCUCUGAUGCCAGCUUUUCCCUUCCACAACAGGAGGUGGAUCUCAGUGAAUUUAAAGGACUUGUGUGCAGUCUAUCAUCAUUCUGAUGUUGUGCAGAAUUUGUAUGAAUCCAAAUAGUGUCAUUUAUUUUCACAUCUUGUCAGAAUGUAUGUUCCACUAAUAUUUUUGUGUAUCAGGUGGAGAGAAACCAUUGUUCAGAAUGGUUGCUUAAAUCUUAAAUUGUGUUUACAAAGAGUUUCAAGACUAUCUUUUGAGAUUUAUUUCAGUUAUCCAGGUUUGGAACUUUUUUUCCUUUUUUCUGUUUAUUUAUAACUCAGUAGUGCAUGCUGAAUCUGGAAGAUUGAAAUAAAAAGCACACCAGUUACUCAUUGUUAUAGUGCUUCCUUCAGCACUGAGGGCAGACUGGUAUAUGAUGCUGACUUAACAGGUUUCCAAUUGAAAGCAAUCACAAAUAUCAUGUCUUUUAUACAUCUCCUGCAGGAUGACCUUUCUCCACUACUUCUCCGUGAAGAAAAUUCACUUCACAAUCUUCUUGUUAAGAGUCCACCAUUGAAAUGCUUCAGCUACUGGACUCUAACUACAUAUUUUCUUCUCAACACUUAUUUAAAUAUAAUUAUUCAUCCUGUCAAAAUGCUUUGCAUCAGGGAAAUCCUGGCAGCAAUUUUUGUGCAGAUUGCAAAUUGAAGAAAGAAACCCACAUGCAUGACCAAUGGGAAUGAGACUGAGGAAGGGAACGAGUUAGAUGUUAAGAUAAAUCAUAAGAAAACUAUACUUGAAUCAUCAGUUGCAAUUUGCAUUACCCAUAAUUUGACAAUUGAUCCGAAUUCCUACUCGUCAAAGAAAUUGUCACAGUUAAUGAUGGGAGAAAUGGAAAUAUUACUCUUAUACAAUGGGCCUUUUAACAUGUUAGGUUGGAAUCCAUUGUUAGUGUGUCGGUGGUGGGGGGAGCGGGGCUUCUGAAUUGCAAAAUGUGAAGGAAAAGCUAAAUUUUAAAAAUUAAUUUAUAAACUUAAACAGUGACCUAAGCUAUAGUCAAAUAGAAAUCUUAAACAUAAUCCUCAGGUUCUAUUUUUGAUGCAUUGGAGACUGGCUGGCUGGAGUUGUGAAUUCUAUUUACUUGUAAAUGCAUACACUGAUGUUAAUCAAAAUCUGUCCAGUCACACACAAAUCAGGUUUGGUACAAUGGUAACUCAUCACAUCUCUGAAUGAAAUAGUUGUCUCUGUAAAUCCCACCUAUUUGAACCCUUAGUAUUGUCUGACUCUUCAGUGUAGGACUGUUCUGGAAGUGAGACACACACACACACACACACACACACACACACAAUACUGGGAAGAGAGAUAACAUGGGGGAGAGAAAUAGCAGCCAAUACAUUGCUGAGGCACAUGAAUGAUUUAAAUACUGGCAAAAUGCCAAUAUAUGUAUUUUCUGGAGUAGAUUAUCACACAUGCCUUUUUGGCAAGUGCUUUUGAAAUUAAACGUAGUCGUCUGUUGUACAAGUUAUAUCAUUAAAUAAAAAUGAUUUUACUGUUAUUCUUUUCUAAUAUAGUUUUGUCCCUGAGCCCAGAAUGCAAGUCAUUGUUGCACAUUGUUGUUAUAUCUAGCAAACAUUGUUUUGUUGAUCAGCAAACAUUUGUUAUGUUAAUCUGCACAGAAUUUUUAAAAUAAUCUGUUAUGAAGGCUUCAUAUUUUGAGUUUUUUUAGGCAUUUGAGUUUUGAUUGAUUGUGGGUUGAGAGGAUUUAAUUCAAGUUUUAUGGAGAUCUCUGGGUUUUUUAAAAGUAAUUAAUGAAACAAUAUAUUGGAAUCCUAUUUAAAACAAGGUAUUUCCUGGAACCACUAGUUGAUACUAUUUGUCGAACUUGUUUGCUGGAGGUCACCUGACUGGGUUUUAUAACUGUCUUGUUUUAAGUGUCUUAUAGGCAAUUGGAGUUGUUUUGAAGCAAACGUAAAAUACUGGAGAAACUCAGCAGGGGUCUGCAGCAUUGAUGGAGAGAGAAACAGGGUUAAUGCUUUGAACCUGAUGAUUCUUCUCAGACUCACCUUUAACUCUGUUUCUCUCACCACAGAUGCUGCUAAACCUGCUGAGUUUCUCCUGCAAUUUGUGUUUAUUUCAGAUUUCCAGCAUCACAGUAUUUUACUUCUAUGAGAAGCCUGAUGAAGAAUAAGCAGUCUAGCUCAUCUCUCCGGGUUCGGAAACAUCCUUGUUGUGAAACCUAAUUAUCUUGUUGAAAGCAGCUGAAAGAUUUCUUGGUAGUGUUUUCUGAACAGCCUGCAUCUGCCAAGACCCUAGAGACAACUGCAAUGUCUCACUACUUGUCUGUAUGUACCAUUAAUAUUCGACCAAUGGCCUCCUAAUGUCUUAUUCUUUUGUUUCACUAGGAAUUAACCAUUAUUAGCCAAAUGUUUUCCCCCCAUAAUGAAUGGCUACAAAGCAAAAUCUAUUUUCUUUCUCUCUUUACCUUGUAUGUCUGGUUUAUGUGCUUUGUGUUAUU